CCCACACACUUUCCACCACUGCUCUAGGGUGAAACCCAAGGCGGCUCUAGAGGAGAUGAAUUAUGGAUCCGCCCUCCCGGAAUCCUGACCCGGCCCUCCCCACGCCACCCAAGGCCAGUCCCGUCUGCUUCCAGCCUGAGGAGGCCGCGUGUCCAGCCUCAGGCAGGAGACUGAGCAGGUACCCGUGUCUCCCAAGUCCCUGAGCCCGUGACACGGGCCCCAGGCCCAGCAGGAAACAGGCAGCCACCAUGGCGAAGGAGGAAGAUGAGGAGAAGAAAGCCAAGAAAGGGAAAAAGGGGAAGAAGGCGCCAGAGCCAGAGAAGCCCAAACGGAGCCUGAAGGGGACGUCGCGAUUGUUUAUGGGAUUCCGCGACCGCACACCCAAGAUCUCCAAGAAGGGCCAGUUCCGCAGCGCCUCGACCUUUUUCUGGGGCCUCCACACCGGCCCCCAGAAGACCAAGCGCAAGAAGAAGGCCCGCACGGUGCUCAAGUCCACCUCGAAGCUCAUGACGCAGAUGCGCAUGGGCAAGAAGAAGCGGGCGAUGAAGGGCAAGAAGCCGUCCUUCAUGGUGAUCCGCUUCCCUGGCCGCCGUGGCUAUGGCCGCCUGCGGCCACGUGCCCGGUCACUCAGCAAGGCGUCCACCGCCAUCAACUGGCUCACCAAGAAGUUCCUCCUCAAGAAGGCCGAGGAGUCGGGCAGCGAGCAGGCCACGGUGGAUGCCUGGCUGCAGCGCUCGAGCUCCCGCGUGGGCUCCCGCAAGCUGCCCUUCCCGUCGGGUGCCGAGAUCCUGCGGCCCGGGGGCCGGAUCCGGAGGUUCCCCCGCAGCCGCAGCAUCUACGCGUCGGGUGAGCCCCUAGGCUUCCUGCCCUUUGAGGACGAGGCCCCGUUCCAUCACUCGGGCUCCCGCAAGUCGCUGUAUGGGCUCGAGGGCUUCCAGGACCUGGGCGAGUAUUAUGACUACCACCGUGACGGCGACGACUACUACGAUCGGCAGUUGCUCCACCGUUACGAAGAGCAGGGGCCCUACGUGGCGGGCCUCCGCCCCUACAGCCCGGCCUGGCCACCCUACGGUGACCACUACUAUGGGUACCCGCCCGAGGACCCCUACGACUACUACCACCCGGACUAUUACAGUGGCCCCUUUGAUCUGGGGCACACCUAUGGCUACGGCUACGGCUACGACGAUUACGAACCCCCGUAUGCGCCCCCGUCGGGGUACUCCUCUCCUUACAGCUACCACGACGAGUACGAGGGCGAGGCGCACCCACACCGCUACUACCUGGAUCCCUACGCGCCCUGCGAUGCGCCAUACCCGCCCUAUGACCUCCCGUACCACACUCGCUACGACGUACCCUACUUUGAUCCCUACGGGGUCCCCUACACCGUCCCCUAUGCCGAAGGCGUCUAUGGCAGUGGGGACGAGGCCAUCUACCCCCCUGAGGUGCCCUAUUUUUACCCGGAGGAGUCAGCCUCGGCCCUUGUGUACCCCUGGGUACCACCGCCCAUCCCGUCGCCCCACAACCCGUAUGCCCACCCCAUGGAUGACAUCGCCGAGCUGGAGGAGCCUGAGGACGCAGGCGGGGAGCGUCAGGGCACCUCCUUCCGCCUGCCCAGCGCCGCCUUCUUCGAGCAGCAAGGCAUGGACAAGCCCGCCAGGUCCAAGCUGUCCCUCAUCCGCAAGUUCCGCCUCUUCCCGCGGCCCCAGGUGAAGCUGUUCGGUAAGGAGAAGCUGGAGGUGCCCCUGCCACCCUCUCUGGACAUUCCGCUGCCCUUGGGAGAGGCGGACGAAGAGGAGGAUGAGGAAGAGCUGCCCCCAGUGCCUGCUGUGCCCUAUCGCCACCCUUUCUGGGGCUUCCUCACACCGCGCCAGCGCAACCUCCAGCGCGCCCUGUCAGCCUUCGGCGCCCACCGAGGCCUGGGCUUCGGCCAGGAGUUUGGCCGCCCCGCGCCUCCGCCCGCGACCUCGCUGGCGCGGUUCCUCAAGAAGACGCUGUCGGAGAAAAAGCCCAUCCUGCGGCUCAGGGGCAGCCGGAAGGCCCGGGCGGGCGGCCCAGCGGUCAGGGAGGCGGCCUACAAACGCUUCGGCUACAAGCUGGCUGGCAUGGACCCAGAGCGGCCCAGCACACCUAUCAUGCUGAGGAGAGCCCAGCCGUGCGCUCGCAGCGGCAACAACACGCGCCGCCCGCCAGUCACCGCGCCCGCUCCCUCGUCCAGGACCCUCUCCCACUGGAGCGGGCUCCUCACCCGGCGCGCGCCCCCGCGGCCCCCCAGUCCCGGGCCCCCGCCCGCGCCCCAACUCUCUCCGGCGCUCUCGGGCCUGCCCCGGCCGGCCUCGCCCUACCGCUCGCUCCGCCGCCACCCGCCGCCCUGGGCUGCCCCAGGGCUUGUGCCCCCGGCGCCGCAGGCCAGCUGGUGGGCGUUCCUGGAGCCUCCCGCCGUGAGCCCGGAGGUGCCCCCCGACCUACUGGCCUUCCCCGGGCCCCGACCCUCAUUCCGGGGCUCCCACCAGCAAGGGUCGGCCUUCGGCUUCCCUGUGGCCUCCACAAGGGCGUCGCGGAGGCGGGCCUGGUCCCCGCUGGCCUCGCCCCAGCCCUCGCUGAGGAGGAGCCUGCCAGGCCCCGGCUACGGCUCGCCCUUGGCGCCUCCGUCGCCUCAGCUGUCCAUGCGCGCGGGUCCCUACCAGCCGCCCUUCCCGCCCCCGGCCCGCCGGACCCACUCGCUGCGGGAGCCCCCAGCCCCACCCCGAGCCUCCAGGCGCCUGGGCCCACCCGGCUCGCCCAGGCCGCCCUCACCGCCCCUGGUGCUAGGCCACAGCCAGCGGCGCCACUCCCUCAACCUGCCCUCCCGCCUCCCGCACACAUGGCGGCGCCUCAGCGAGCCACCCACUCGAGCUGUGAAGCCGCGAGUGCGCCCACCCUUCCACCAACCUCCCGGGGCCGGGGCCUGGCAGGCACCCCUGGAGCACCGGGAGAACCCGGGUGAACCCGAGGACUCAGAGACGCCCUGGACAGUGUCCCUGCUGGCCCCCAGCUGGGACGUGGACAUGCCUACCAUCCAACGCCCACCGUCCCCCUGGCCUGGUGGUGCAGGCAGCCGCCGAGGCUUUUCCAGACCACCCCCUGUGCUGGAAAACCCCUUUCUCCAGCACGUGGGCCCUGUGCCAUCCCCCACUCUCCAGCCCAAGGAUUCAGCUGCUGAUAUGACCAGGGUCUUCCUGGGCAGACAUUAUGACCCAGGGCCUGGACAGCUCACCAAAUCAGCUGGCCCAAGCCCUGAGAAGCCUGAAGAAGAGACCACCCUGGGGGACCCCCACCUGCCAUCAGAGACCAAGCCUCCAACCCCAACACCUCCCAAGGAUGUCAGACCUCUCAAGGAAGUCCUCCCGAAGCAAAAGACACUAAGGCCCAGCCUUUCAUACCCACUGGCUGAGUGUGACCAGACCAGGGCCACACAGCCAUCAUGGCACCGCUGGGGGACACUGCCCCAAGCCCCAGGUCCCUUGGUGCCCACCAGGGCCCCAGAGCCCCUGCCCAAGGGGGGUGAGCAGCGCCAGGCGGGCCCUGGGCGUUUUGCUGUGGUCAUGCCUCAAGUGCAGAAGCUGAGCUCUUUCCAGCGAGUUGGGCCUGCAACCCUGAAGCCUCAAGUCCAGCCAACCCAGGACCCCAAGCCGAGAGCCUGGAGUCUUCGCUGGUCCUGCCUCUGGCUGCAGGCAGAGGCCCACGGACCCUGGCCACGAGUACAUGCCCACCCCCAGUCCUGCCACCUGGGCCCUGGAGCCACCUGCCUGUCCCUUAGCAGGUCCUGGGAGGAGGUCGGCCCCCCAUGCUGGCAGAACAAGAUGCACUCCAUCCGCAACCUGCCAUCCAUGCGGUUCCGCGAACAGCACAGGGAGGAUGGUGUGGAGGACAUGACGCAGCUGGAAGACCUCCAGGAAACCACUGUGCUGUCCAACCUCAAGAUUAGAUUUGAACAGAACCUCAUCUACACAUACAUCGGGAGCAUCCUGGUGUCAGUGAACCCAUACCAAAUGUUCAGAAUCUAUGGGCCGGAGCAGGUGCAGCAGUACAACAGGCGGGCCCUGGGAGAGAAUCCCCCGCACCUUUUUGCGAUUGCAAAUCUCGCCUUCGCCAAAAUGCUUGAUGCCAAACAGAACCAGUGCAUAAUCAUCAGUGGAGAGAGCGGCUCUGGCAAAACUGAGGCCACCAAGCUGAUUCUGCGCUACCUGGCCUCCAUGAACCAGAAACGGGAUGUCAUGCAGCAGAUCCUGGAGGCAACACCCCUCUUGGAGUCCUUCGGUAAUGCCAAAACCGUCAGGAAUGACAACUCCAGCCGCUUCGGGAAGUUCGUGGAGAUCUUUCUGGAAGGGGGCGUGAUCUCUGGUGCCAUAACCUCCCAGUACCUGCUUGAGAAAUCCAGGAUCGUGUUUCAGGCCAAAAACGAGAGGAAUUACCACAUCUUCUAUGAGUUGCUGGCUGGGUUGCCUGCCCAGCUCCGGCAGGCCUUCAGCCUGCAGGAGGCCGAGACCUACUACUAUCUGAACCAGGGUGGGAACUGUGAGAUUGCAGGAAAGAGCGAUGCAGAUGACUUUCGCCGGCUCCUGGCUGCCAUGGAGGUGCUGGGCUUCAGCAGUGAGGACCAGGACAGCAUCUUCCGCAUCCUGGCCUCCAUCCUGCACCUGGGCAACGUCUACUUUGAGAAGUAUGAGACGGAUGCACAGGAGGUGGCCUCAGUGGUGAGUGCCCGGGAAAUCCAGGUUGUGGCUGAGCUGCUACAGAUCUCCCCUGAGGGCCUGCAGAAGGCCAUCACCUUCAAAGUGACCGAGACAAUGCGAGAGAAGAUCUUCACACCCCUAACUGUGGAGAGCGCUGUGGAUGCCAGGGACGCCAUCGCCAAGGUCUUGUAUGCGCUGCUGUUCAGCUGGCUCAUCGCCAGGGUCAAUGCGCUGGUUUCCCCGCGGCAGGAUACACUGUCCAUCGCCAUCCUGGACAUCUACGGUUUUGAGGACCUGAGCUUCAACAGCUUUGAGCAGCUGUGUAUUAACUACGCAAACGAGAACCUUCAGUACCUUUUUAACAAGAUCGUCUUCCAGGAGGAGCAGGAGGAGUACAUCCGUGAGCAGAUCGACUGGCAGGAGAUCACAUUUGCUGACAACCAGCCUUGCAUCAACCUCAUCUCGCUGAAGCCUUAUGGCAUCCUGCGCAUCCUCGAUGACCAGUGUUGCUUUCCUCAGGCUACAGACCACACCUUCCUACAGAAGUGCCACUACCAUCAUGGCGCCAAUCCGCUCUAUUCUAAACCCAAGAUGCCGCUGCCUGAGUUCACCAUCAAGCACUAUGCAGGCAAGGUCACCUACCAGGUGCACAAGUUCCUGGACAAGAACCACGAUCAAGUGCGCCAGGACGUGCUAGACCUGUUCGUAAGAAGCCGGACACGGGUGGUGGCACACCUCUUCUCCAGCCAUGCCCCACAGGCUGCCCCUCAGCGCCUGGGCAAGAGCAGCUCCGUCACUCGGCUCUACAAGGCGCACACCGUGGCUGCCAAGUUCCAGCAGUCACUCCUGGAUCUGGUGGAAAAGAUGGAGAGGUGUAACCCCUUGUUUGUGCGUUGCCUGAAGCCCAACCACAAGAAGGAGCCUGGUCUCUUUGAGCCAGAUGUAGUAAUGGCACAGUUACGCUAUUCAGGGGUGCUGGAGACUGUGAGGAUCCGCAAGGAGGGAUUUCCAGUGCGCUUGCCUUUCCAGGGGUUCAUCGACAGGUACUGCUGUCUAGUGGCCCUCAAGCACAACCUGCCGGCUAACGGGGACAUGUGUGUAUCGGUGCUGAGUCGCCUGUGCACAGUCAUGCCAAACAUGUACCGUGUUGGGGUCAGCAAGGUGAGUCCCACCCCACAGUCAGCCCUUAAGAGACCCCAAUUCAGGGGCUCCAGAACCACUGAGUCAGAAAUGUCCAAGCUUGAGACCACUGUCCCAGGAACAACCCAGAUGAGCUUGGGACAUGGAAUGUUAACUGCCCGAUUCACCAGCACCCUUUCUUCCACCUCUCCAAAUCCACCUCAUCCCUCCAGUUCCACUCCAGGAGGCAUCUCUGUCUAUUCUGUCUCCACGGAUUCUAGAGAGGGAGGGGCCCUUAGUCCAGCCUCCUGGCUCCUAUCUGCCUCAGUGCCUGCCUCCUGUCCUCAGCUGUUCCUUAAGGAACACCUACACCAGCUGCUGGAGAGUAUGCGGGAGCACGUCCUGAAUCUGGCAGCCCUUACUCUGCAGCGCUGCUUCCGUGGCUUCUUCAUCAAGCGGCGAUUCCGCUCUCUGCGCCACAAGAUCAUCUUGCUGCAAAGCCGGGCCCGUGGCUACCUUGCCAGGCAACGCUAUCAGCAGAUGAGGAGGAGUCUGGUGAAGUUCCGGUCCCUGGUACACACAUACAUGAGCCGCCGACGCUACCUCAAGGAGCUGAGUAAGCGGGAGGUAGUGGCUGUGGGGCACCUCGAGGUACCGGCUGAGCUGGCUGGGCUCCUGCAAGCAGUGGCAGGCCUCAGGCUGUCCCGGGUGCCUCGGGUGGCCCCUGUGCGGACUCCUCGGCUCCAGGCUGAGCCCCGUGUCACACUGCCCCUGGAUAUCAACAACUAUCCCAUGGCCAAGUUUGUCCGGUGCCACUUCAAGGAACCUGCCUUUGGGAUGCUGACAGUGCCCCUGAGGACACCCCUUACGCAGCUGCCAGCCGAGCACCAUGCGGAAGCUGUGAGCAUCUUCAAGCUGAUCCUGCGCUUCAUGGGCGACCCCCACCUGCAUGGUGCCCAGGAGAACAUCUUCGGGAACUACAUUGUGCAGAAGGGGCUGGCGGUGCCUGAGCUGCGGGAUGAGAUCCUGGCACAGCUAGCCAACCAGGUGUGGCACAAUCACAAUGCCCACAAUGCCGAGAGGGGCUGGCUGCUGCUGGCCUCCUGCCUCAGUGGCUUUGCACCUUCCCCGCGCUUCAACAAGUACCUUCUCAAGUUUGUGUCUGAUUAUGGGCGGAAUGGCUUCCAGGCUGUGUGUCAGCACCGCCUCAUGCAGGCCAUGGGCCGGGCCCAACAGCAGGGCUUGGGGGCGGCCCGAACCUUACCCCCAACGAAGCUCGAGUGGACAGCGACCUAUGAGAAGGCCAGCAUGGCGCUGGACGUGGGCUGCUUCAAUGGUGACCAGUUCUCCUGCCCAGUGCACUCCUGGAGUACGGGAGAAGAGGUGGCUGGAGACAUUCUCAGGCACAGGGGGCUGGCAGAUGGUUGGCGUGGCUGGACUGUGGCCAUGAAGAAUGGUGUCCAAUGGGCAGAGCUGGCUGGCCACGACUAUGUGUUGGACCUGGUGUCAAACCUGGAGCUGCUCAAGGACUUCCCUCGACAGAAGUCCUAUUUCAUUGUGGGCGCAGAGGGACCUGUACCCAGUAGGGGAGGCCCCAAAGUGGUGUUUGGGAACAACUGGGACUCGGAUGAGGACACACCCGCUAGACCCCAGCUCCAGGAGCACAUGCACAAAGUACCGGACUCUGAUGGGAACAGCAGCCACAAUGAGGAUGAGUCAGACAGUCUUGGAGAGCCUGCUGGGCCCCACAAGGGGCUGGACUGCUACCUGGAUAGCCUCUUCGACCCCGUGCUGUCUUAUGGGGAUGCGGACCUGGAGAAGCCAACAGCCAUUGCCUACCGCAUGAAAGGGGGAGGCCAGCCAGGUGGAGGCAGCAGUAGUGGUACUGAAGACACCACCAGGAGGCCCCCAGAGCCAAAGCCAAUCCCAGGCCUGGACGCCUCCACAUUGGCUUUGCAGCAAGCCUUCAUCCACAAACAGGCCGUCCUGCUGGCCCGGGAGAUGACCCUGCAGGCCAUGGCACUCCAGCAGCAGCCCCCGAGUGCUGCCCCAAGAUCCUUGCCCACAGAGAAACCCCUAGCACCAGACGCACAGCCGAAGUCUGUAGGUACUGGUCCCCCAGCCAAACCUGUGCUCCUGCGUGCCACUCCAAAGCCCUUGGCCCCUGCCCCUCUGGCCAAGGCUCCAAGGCCCCCCACCAAGCCUGUGGCUGCUCCUGUUCUAGCUCAUGAUCAGGCUUCUCCAGAAACCACUUUACCCUCCCCAGAGCUGGUCCGGUACUCAACGCUCAACUCUGAGCACUUCCCACAGCCCACACAGCAGAUCAAGCACAUUGUCAGGCAGUACCAGCAGCCAUUCCGGGGAGGCCAGCCCGAGGUCCUCAGGAAGGGUGGCGGGAAGGUGUUCAUGAAGCGGCCAGACCCCCACGAGGAGGCCCUGAUGAUCCUAAAGGGGCAGAUGACUCACCUGACAGCUGCACCUGGCACCCAGGUGUCCAGAGAAGCUGUGGCCCUGGUAAAGCCAGUGACCAGUGCACCAAGGCCAUUCAUGACACCCACUUCAGCUCUGCCCUCGCGGUCGCUGGAGCCCCCUGAGGAACCAAUGCAGACGCAGCUGCACCGCCUUAUCAACCCCAGCUUCUAUGGCUAUCAGGACGCCCCCUGGAGGAUCUUCCUGCGCAAAGAGGUAUUUUACCCCAAGGACAGCUACAGCCAUCCUGUGCAGCUUGACCUCCUGUUCCGGCAGAUCCUACACGAUACACUGUCCGAAGCCUGCCUGCGCAUCUCUGAGGAUGAGAGGCUCAAGAUGAAGGCCCUGUUUGCCCAGAACCAGCUGGACACACAGAGGCCUCUGGUAACGGAGAGCGUGAAGCGGGCUGUGGUCAGCACUGCGCGAGACACCUGGGAGGUCUACUUCUCCCGCCUCUUCCCUGCCACGGGCAGCGUAGGCACUGGAGUGCAGCUCCUAGCUGUGUCCCACAUGGGCAUCAAACUCCUGAGGAUGGUCAAAGGUGGCCAGGAGGCCAGCGGGCAGCUGCGGGUCCUGCGUGCAUACAGCUUUGCAGAUAUCCUGUUUGUGACAAUGCCCUCCCAGAAUAUGCUGGAGUUCAACUUGGCCAGUGAGAAGGUCAUCCUCUUCUCAGCCCGAGCUCACCAGGUCAAGACCCUGGUGGAUGACUUCAUUUUGGAGCUGAAGAAGGACUCUGACUAUGUGGUCGCUGUGAGGAACUUCCUGCCUGAAGACCCAGCCCUGCUGGCUUUCCACAAGGGUGACAUCAUCCACCUGCAGCCUCUAGAGCCUCCUCGAGUGGGCUACAGUGCUGGCUGCGUGGUCCGCAAGAAGGUGGUGUACCUGGAGGAGCUGCGGCGUACAGGCCCCGACUUUGGCUGGAGGUUUGGGACUAUCCAUGGGCGUGUGGGCCGCUUCCCUUCGGAGCUGGUGCAGCCCGCUGCUGCCCCCGACUUCCUGCAGCUGCCAGCAGAGCCGGGCAGCGGCCGAGCAGCCGCCGUGGCCGCUGCUGUGGCCUCUGCAGCCGCUGCACAGGAGGUGGGCCGCAGGAGAAAGGGUCCCCCAGUCAGGGCCCGCUCUGCUGACCAUGGGGAGGAAGCCCUGGCUCUCCUACCCUACACAAUGCUCGAGUUUGCCCAGAAGUAUUUCCGAGACCCUCAGAGGAGACCCCAGGAUGGCCUCAGGCUGAAAUCCAAGGAGGGUCGGGAGUCCAGAACCUUGGAGGACAUGCUUUGCUUCACCAAGACCCCUCUCCAGGAAUCCCUCAUCGAACUCAGCGACAGCAGCCUCAACAAGAUGGCCACCGACAUGUUCCUAGCUGUGAUGAGGUUCAUGGGGGAUGCCCCACUGAAGGGCCAGAGUGACCUGGACGUGCUUUGUAACCUCCUAAAGCUGUGUGGGGACCAUGAGGUCAUGCGGGAUGAGUGUUACUGCCAAGUUGUGAAGCAGAUCACCGACAAUACCAGCUCCAAGCAGGACAGCUGCCAGCGAGGCUGGAGGCUACUGUACAUCGUGACUGCCUACCACAGCUGCUCCGAGGUCCUCCACCCACACCUCACUCGCUUCCUCCAAGAUGUGAGCCGGACCCCUGGCCUGCCCUUUCAAGGGAUUGCCAAGGCCUGUGAGCAGAACCUGCAGAAAACCCUGCGCUUCGGGGGUCGUCUGGAGCUCCCCAGCAGCAUAGAGCUUCGGGCUAUGUUGGCAGGCCGCAGUUCCAAGAGACAACUCUUUCUUCUUCCUGGAGGCCUUGAACGCCAUCUCAAAAUCAAAACAUGCACUGUGGCCCUGGAUGUGAUAGAAGAGAUCUGUGCUGAGAUGGCUCUGACACGCCCCGAGGCCUUUAAUGAAUAUGUUAUCUUCGUUGUCACCAACCGUGGCCAGCAUGUGUGCCCACUCAGUCGCUGUGCUUACAUCCUGGAUGUGGCCUCCGAGAUGGAGCAAGUGGAUGGCGGCUACAUGCUCUGGUUCCGACGUGUGCUCUGGGAUCAGCCACUCAAGUUCGAGAAUGAGCUAUAUGUGACCAUGCACUACAACCAGGUUCUGCCUGACUACCUGAAGGGCCUCUUCAGCAGCAUGCCAGCCAACCGGCCCAGCGAGCAGCUGCUGCAGCAGGUGUCCAAGCUGGCUUCACUGCAGCACCGCGCCAAAGACCGCUUCUACCUGCCGAGUGUGCGAGAAGUCCAGGAUUACAUCCCAGCCCAGCUCUACCGUACAACAGCAGGCUCAACCUGGCUCAACCUGGUCAGCCAGCACCGGCAGCAGACACAGGCGCUCAGCCCCCACCAGGCCCGCGCCCAGUUUCUGGGUCUCCUCAGCGCCCUACCUAUGUUCGGCUCUUCCUUCUUCUUCAUUCAGAGCUGCAGCAACAUCACUGUUCCAGCCCCUUGCAUCCUUGCCGUCAACCACAACGGCCUCAACUUUCUCAGCACAGAGACUCAUGAAUUGAUGGUGAAGUUCCCCCUGAAGGAGAUCCAGUCAACGCAGACCCAGCGGCCCACAGCCAACUCCAGCUACCCCUACGUGGAGAUUUCACUGGGGGAUGUGGUGGCCCAGCGAACCUUGCAGCUGCAGCUGGAACAGGGACUGGAACUCUGUCGUGUGGUGGCUGUGCACGUGGAGAACCUGCUCAGUGCCCGUGAGAAGCGGCUCACACUGCCCCCCAGCGAGAUCACCCUGCUCUGACCCAGCCCCCAGCCCUCCAGUACCUUCUGCCAGAAGACUCACUGUGUGGCCUCAGGGUAGUCAGUGGACCUCUCAGGAUCAAUGACCCCUGUAAGGGGCCAGAACCUUGGAGGAUAGCAAAAGGAGGCAGGAGGAGCAACUCAAAUCCUCAAGAACCCAAGAAGACCCAUCCUGAAUAUGAUGGAAUGGCAGUAUGCAGACUCGGGUCAGAUAGCAGGAGGAACUUUCAGUAAUUGGCCCACAGUGGAGUGGAGCAGAAGGCAGGACCCUGAGGCCUUCUGCCUUGUACCUAUUGCAGACCCUGCCCCUAACUCCUGCUAUGGCACAGAAGCCCCACACCAGUUGCCUAGAUGAACUGGACUCUGCCUUCGGUUUACUAAGGAUCUGACACUGGAAUCUGCUCCAACUCCACAUCCCAGCCCUACCUGUCCUCCUAAGGGGCUCCUCCUUGUACUGCCAGUUAGCCUGGAUUUCAGUUAGCCUGGUUAUUUCUGUACAAACAAAAGGUGUGCCUGGCAGCCAUUUCUCCAUGGAGUUGCUAAGUGGCUGGAAAACAAGCCUGAGGGAGGAGGCAGGAGUUGGAGGUAUCUUAGGCCCCUGACUCACUGCCUAUGAACAGAUCCUCCCCAACUCCUUGGGUAUCCCCAACCCCAGACCCCCAUCACCUGAUGGACCACACAAGUUUGAGAGUGAUAUAAGGGAGAAGUCUGGGAAAAGGCUUCUUGGAAAAUGGGACAUUAGCGUUGAGUUUUGAAAGAUGAGUAGGAGUUUGCUAAGAAUAGAUGGAAGAGAGCGGGAUAAAAAUUCCAGAGAAAAUCAUGUUUGUUUCCUGCUGUAUCCCCCAGAAACCAGAGGACACCGAACACAGAGUAGGCACUUUAAAAAUAUUUGUCAUAUGAAUGAAAGAAUAAACGAAUGAAUGUUG